AGUUUUCUAACCUCAAAAUGUGGUUUCUAACCUACAAUUUUUAAAUUCGGCAACAAAGUAAUGGGGACUGAAGCAACAAAAACUCCAACCUGUCUGCUCGUUCUCGGGAUGGCAGGCUCGGGCAAGACGUCGCUGGUCAGCUGCCUCAGCCGUUCGGAACGCAAACCGUACACGGUCAACUUGGACCCCGCUUGUAUACAGCUACCGUACUUCGCACACAUCGACGUCCGAGACACGGUCAACUACAAGGAAAUCAUGAAGCAGUACCAGUUAGGACCGAACGGCGCAAUCGUGACCUCCCUCAACCUAUUCUCUACGAAAUUCGCAGACGUCACCGACUUCAUAUCGAAAUGCACGACGGAGCAUUGCGUCUUAGACACGCCCGGCCAAAUCGAAGUAUUCACAUGGUCCGUUUCAGGUACGAUCAUUACGGAGGCGCUCGCCUCCAUGUUUCCCACCGUCAUUCUGUACGUCAUCGACACCGUGAGGAGCACCAAACCGGUGACGUUCAUGUCGAACAUGCUGUACGCCUGUUCGAUCCUGUACAAAACCCGCCUGCCCUUCAUAAUCGUAAUGAACAAAACCGACAUCGUCGAGCACUCGUACGCCGUCAACUGGAUGAAGGACUUCGAGUUGUUCCACGAGGCGCUCGAGGCGGACGAGUCGUACAUCAGCAAUCUGACGCGUUCGAUGGCGCUCGCGUUGGACGAGUUCUACCAAAAUUUGCGGGUGUGCGGCGUCUCGGCCGCCACUGGCCAGGGGCUGGACGAACUGUUUUCGUUAAUCGAUGAUGCGAAGGUUGAAUACGAAAGGGAUUACAAGGCGGAGUGGGAGAAAAUACGUCAAAAGGCCGCUAGCGGUGAUGCCUCCCGUGAGAAUCCGUCGAGCUCGCUUGUGACUACCGUUCCGAGCGGCCGUGAGCUUGCGGACGUCUAUUUGCGCAGACCGGGGAAUGAGAGCAGUUCCGAUUCAGAGGGCGAAGAGGUGAACGUGCACGAGUUUGGUACGAAUGCCACGGCAGACGAGGAAAAUUUCGCCAAGGUUCUUCAGCAGCAGAGGGAGAUGCAGAUUAGGCGAGCGAAAGAGGCCGAAGUUCGCAAACAAGCCCAAUGAGAGUUAUUUUUGAUACGUUUUUAUAUUACAGU